AGUGCGUGUCUUGUGUAUUUUUAUCAUGAAAUGUGAUUAAGAAAGUUACACAUCUGUGUCUGUACGAUGUUAUUCAAAUUAAUUAACGUGCGCACGGACCAUGUCUACUGUGACUGCUGCAGCGGCGGCGGUGGAGCAACAUCAGCAACGCUUCAGCAGCAGCAGCAAAAGGAAAUCAGCGGUGGAAUUGCUAGCAGAAUCCAGGGCAGCUUUCUACGUCAAAUCGGAUAAGCUGAGAGAUCAGCCCGACCGAUACAUCACCGGCAGGGACGAGGAUCGGACUUCUUCGCACUAUGUUCUCGUGAGCCCAUCUCGCUCCUUGCCGCAUCCCUUACUGCCGCGCAGACAUUCUGCAUUCUCCAGACUGCCUCCAUUUUCCGGUAGCAGCGCCGAGAACAGUCCGAGUCCUCGGGGGCCCAAUAGCAGGACUACGCCCCCUCGGGUUCCAAAGUCUCUAAACGCAUCACCCAGGAACGCUGCACAAUUUAAUAACACUUUAAGUUAUCCAACGGACUUCGAUAUUAAGCAACAUAUCGAUAAUAGCGAUUUAACUUAUAACAAGAAUUCUAACAAUCUGGCUUAUAACAAGAAAUCAGAACCGUAUUUUGAAAAGAACUCUAGCGUGCUCUUUUCAAAUUUACCCUACAAGAAUAAGCGCAACAUCGGUGGUGCUUUUAAUAAUAAUGUUAGUUCAUCUGGCAAUACUCAUAAUGUGGUAGGAUACUCGCCAGCCGUUGGCAGUGUUGCCAGUGCUGCUGGUGACGAUUUACAAAACAAACUGAGGAAAUUGUUAGGCUGUGAAGUCACGGACAGGAGGAGGAGUUUAGGACGGAAGGGGCUGGAGGGCGAAAGUGGGCGCGAUUCCAUAAUAAAGGAACCGGGUGCAUUUCGUAGUGGCGUAGGAAGUUGUGAAGACUUAUUGCUGGGAGGGGCCAUCAGUCCGCCUGCUGAGUACGCUUCUUCACCACAGGUAUUGAGGUCUGCAAGAUAUAAGGGACACCAUCAGCACAAUUCUAGUAGAUCACAUCAUUCGAGAAGGUCUCAAAGAGACGAAGGUUUUCACGAAAGUCACAAAUCCUUGCCGGAUUUGUACGCCAGGACAAGGGCUGACGAGGAGGAGCUGAUCCGGCAGCGAGGAUACGACACAUCGCAAUAUUACGACGAAUCUUCUAGCCCCCAAGACUACGAUAGACAAUUGUAUCGUGAAGGAAACCGAUCUUCAGGUGUAUACAAAAGUAACAGCAGCUGUAAUCGAAGUAACAGUAGCUGUAACCGCAGCAACAGUAGCUGCAAUCGCAGCACAAGCAGCUGCAACAACCGCGACAGCGGAGGAUCAAGCGGUCAUUUUACACACAGCCGAAGCAGCGAACACGCCAGUACCCUCCCGCCAUUAUCAACAACCCCUGGAGCAAAUCACAACUCCAACCUACUAACAGAGCCUUAUCGUCGAGACAGCGGUUCAUCCACUCAACAUUCGUACGAUAACAGUUAUCAUUCGAUAAAUCAUACAACAAACAACCCCGUAGAAUACACAUCACACAAAUACAAACCCCAAGAAGAUUACAACUCUCUGGAUUACAGAACUGAUUACAAUAACCGAUUCGAUCACAGGUAUACUACGAGGACACAUGAUCACAAUUUUGGUAACAAGUACGAUCUAACAGAUCACAAGGUUAACGUUUAUAAUUCCUUAAACUACAAACCUGUCAGUGAUAAAUACAAUCACAAAUCAAUCUACAGCGAUCACAACAGAUCAAAUUAUUACCAGCCUCCCACAGACCAUUGUGCGAAACCUGUGCAUCCAAGCGAUUGUGAUAAUAACACUUCUAGGUACACUUUUACUCAUCACGAAGGCUAUCAUCACAACAGUAAUAGAUACAUGAUGAACAUGAAUCAUCAGAAUGUGUAUGAAGGAGGUGGUGGUGAUAUUUGUUGUGAUGAGAAUUGUGAAAUUUUUGCCAUGGAUGGGCAAGCUAUGCAGUUUGAAAGGGAUUGUGUGGAGUGCCAGAGGAUGUUGUAUGAACAUCGACAACAUUUGGCAAAAGAUGGAACGAGUAAGAAGAAGAAAAGUCAGCAGCAGUUCGAUGUGUGCGAUUGCGAUCCUGCAACGGUAUUCCAAGUACCAGAACAAUUUCAAGACGAUUACAUCCAGGACGCAGCGCCACAGCAACCAAAACACACCUCUUCCAACAAGCAGCACAGCACUAAUAUUUUUGCAUACGAGCAAACUACUUACCUUACCACGAUGACUACUACUAUGACCACGGACUAUCGUAAAGAUUUUCACAAUUCUGGAUCGUCAAGUUUGCCACCUCUGAACGAAGGGUUCGUCCAGAAUGAGAAGGUGGCCAGGAAACCUGGUGAUGGCGGAUUUAUACGUGAGACUUUUAUAUCUACGCCUCAUCGCGGAGAAUCGAAUAAGGAGAGGUGUGAUGGCUAUAAGGGAGGCCCACUUAGUCCCCCACUGGGUACAUUUAAACGCCAACGAUGUCUUCGAUACAAAAAUAAAUGUUCGAGCAAUUCUUCGGGCAGGGAGCGAGAUUCUAAACCUGUAAUCAGAUCCAAGUCGGAUAUCAGCGAUAGAUAUUGCAACAACAAAGGCGAAAAAAUAAUCCGCUGCCGAUCAGCCCAGCAGCCUACACCACCUUCACCGCUCCAUCACCAGCCCACGUCGUCUCAGUCUGCAAAAUCCAUUGACAACCAGAUGUCGCGCGUCGAGAGUUUCUUCGACCGUUUGGGCUUGUCUGAUGAUACUUUUAAGGAAUUGAUGACAGGAAACGAACACGUGAGGUAUAAUUCUAUGGCAUCUCCGGAUCAGAACAGUAAAGUGAGUUCUCCUCCUGUAUUUUUCUCCGAUACGAGUACCGUGGAUUCUUUGGAUCAAUGUGUUUAUGAUUAUACAAAUACUGGUAGCAACAAUGCUCCGGUGCAGAAUGUGGUGAGGGUGAGCGAACCUCCUUCAGUGGUUGAAAGGAAUGCGAGGAUUAUUAAGUGGUUGUGCAACUGUCGCAAGAUGCAAUUGCAAUAG